AUGGGAAAGGUACACGGAUCAUUAGCUCGAGCAGGAAAAGUGAAGAACCAAACACCAAAGGUUCCCAAAGUAUCCAAGAGAAAAAGAUUAACUGGAAGAGCGAAGAAAAGACAACUUUAUAACAGAAGAUUUUCUGACACCACAGGAAGGAAAAAGGGGCCCAACUCGAAAUUAUGA